AUGGCUCAAGAAGAGGAGAAAGAUGCCGGCAUUUCCAAGUAUAUCUCGACUACGGAUGAAAUCAUCAUCGGAUGUAAAUGUUGGGUCGAAAAGGAUGGUGAGCAAAGGCUGGCUGAAAUUCUGUCGAUAAACAACCGAAGACAGCCUCCCAAGUUCUACGUACACUACGAGGAUUUCAAUAAACGUCUAGAUGAGUGGAUACUGGCAUCCAGGAUAAAUAUCGAGCGAGAGGUAACGUUUCCGAAGCCCAGGGACCCCGAUGAGAAGAAGAAGAAGAAGCAGAAGAAGAGCGCAACGCCGCAGGCCACCGACGGGGAGACCCUGGAGUCUGCCGAUAUCAUGGACCUCGAGAACCUCAAUGUGCAGGGCCUGCGGGACGAAGGCAUAAGCAGGGACGACGAAAUCAAAAAGCUGCGGACAUCUGGGUCGAUGACGCAGAACCCCCACGAGGUUUCGCGUGUUCGGAAUCUCAGCAAGAUAAUUAUGGGGAAACACGAAAUAGAGCCCUGGUACUUCUCUCCGUACCCGAUCGAGCUGACGGAUGAGGACGUGGUGUACAUAGACGAUUUCUCCCUGCAGUACUUCGGUUCCAAGAAACAGUACGCUAGGUACCGCCAGAAAUGUACUCUGCGGCACCCGCCGGGCAACGAAAUAUACAGGGACGAUUACGUCUCCUUUUUCGAAAUCGACGGGCGCAAGCAGCGAACGUGGUGCCGCAACCUAUGCCUUCUGUCAAAGCUGUUUCUGGAUCACAAGACGUUGUACUACGACGUCGACCCUUUUCUCUUUUACUGCAUGACACAGAGAGAUGAGCUUGGGCACCACCUGGUGGGAUAUUUCUCCAAAGAAAAAGAGUCUGCGGACGGGUACAAUGUGGCGUGUAUUCUGACGCUCCCUCAGUACCAGCGGAUGGGGUACGGCAGGCUGCUGAUUGAGUUUUCGUAUGAGCUCUCUAAGAAGGAGAACAAGGUUGGGUCGCCGGAGAAGCCGCUCUCUGAUCUUGGGCUGCUCUCCUACAGAGCCUAUUGGUCCGAUACCCUGAUCAAGCUGCUAGUCGAAAACGGCACCGAGAUCACGAUCGAUGAAAUCAGUAGCAUGACAUCGCUCACGACUACAGACAUACUGCACACAGCCAAGGCUCUUAACAUACUGCGAUAUUACAAGGGCCAGCACAUCUUGUACCUGAACGAGGACGUGCUGCUAAGGUACGAGAAGCUGAUAGCGAAGAAAAGGCGAUCGAUCGACCCCGAGAAGCUGAUCUGGAAACCGCCAAUCUUUACUGCGUCCCAGCUAAGGUUCGCAUGGUAG